AUGGGAUUGUUCGGGAAGAAGCACAAUAGCACAGUUACCACGAGUUCCUUUGCAUCUAAGGAGCCUUUACGCAAUUCGACGAAGGACCUAACGCCUACCAUUGCCGAGUAUGAAAAGAAGGACCUGCGAUACAAACGAGUCAUUCGAGUCCUACGAUUCAUUUCCAGAUUCGUUUCACUUGUCCUCAAUGGGAUCAUGAUGGGCACAAUGUCGUACUCCAUCGUCAAAUACUACUUAACAAAGAAUCGCGUAGUAGCAGGAAAUCUCCAUCCAUGGGGCUCGACUUCAGCCAAGGUAUGGCCGAGCUUUAUGCUUCUCGCAAUAGCCACAGUCACCUUCUUCCUAAAUCUCAUCACCCUUUGCGCAUACUGCUGCGGAGGAGUCAAAGCCGCGAACAAAGCUAGCAACUUCACCUCGUACGCGGGAUAUCUCUUUACAGCAGCCCAUUUCGUCUCAUGGGCCAUUGCCGCUGGACUCUAUCGGUUUGCGAGAACGGGCAAUGAUCUCUGGGGGUAUAGCUGCAGCAACGCGGCAGAUUCGAUUCAAGAACAGGUAGCGAGCUUCUUAGAUUUUGGGAAACUGUGUACCAUGCAGAAUGGAACGUGGUUUAUUUCGAUCAUCGAGGCUAUCGUAUAUCUCCUGACCUUCGUUGUCACGAUCUAUGUGGUGAGGAGGGCAUCACAGAAGAAGAAGCUGGGGAAGAUUAAGGAGAGUCUCUCGAUGCAGACUUGGCAUGCCCAGAAUACUUAUACGGAGCCUACGUAUAAUGGAAUAGGGGGAAAUGGGUACAUGCGUGUUGCAGUAUGA